AUGCCAUGUUGCUUCAAAACAGUGCCUGUUAGUUGUCAAAUUGAGCAUCAGACCUCCAAAUCAAAGGAAGAGGGAUGCAAUGGCCCGGUGCAUAUUAAAUGGUGGCGACUCGAAGAAGCAGAAAGACACAUUAUUUCAUCCAUCACUCUCCCCUCUGUUACUGACAUAGGAACAACAUGGGAUGUCCUGAAAGAUCAUGUCAUAACAGCGGCCCAGGAAAAAUUAGGCAACGCAAAACCAGGUCGACGUAAAAUCGAUCACCAAACAUGGCUCUGGACUGAAGAGAUGAAGAAGACUGUGCAGUUUAAAAAGCAGCUAUACCAAAAGUUCCUCUAA